AUGGUGUUUCUCUACAGUUUUACUACAGAGCUGCUACAAGAUAAUUGCUCGGAGAUUAAAGAAAUCGCUGUUAGCGUGAUCAAACCUCGAUUGCGAAUCUGCUUUGGCCCCGCUCACGGCCCAGAGAUCAGCACGCCGCAGUCUAUGUACCAUAAUGCCAUAGACACAACCGGAGCGCAAUUUGGCUACUACGAGCCUUUGUGCUCCUGGGGAAGCUUUCAGCAGAGAAUAAGCAAGGUCGACAGAGUGAAUGAGCUUGGUUACAUUCGCCACACAGUCUUCUAUAACAGCACGAAAUAUCCUGUCAAAUCCAUGAUCUCCCAGCAAGCUGAGAAGGAAGAGUUGGUCAAACAACUUAAGCACUGGCUCCCUGUGUGGGUGACACCGCACAGCGGAAAAUUCAACCCCAUACUGCAAGGUCCAGAGGCAGCUUUUGAGUCAACCAAGCACGAGUUCUUAGAGCAGCUGAGCGCCCACGUCAAGAAGUCGCUGGCUAGAAUGUAUACUCCCGCCGAGAUUGCGAAACGGACGAAAGAGGUUAAGGCACGGAUGGCCCAGAAUCAAGCAGAUCCUACCAGUCGAAACGAGUUUGAAGGAUCCCUCCAAUUCUUUACGUCUGCAAUAGGAAUACAAGACCGUAUAGGUUGA